GGGGCACCGGGUGCGGGUUCGUCUGGGAGCGGAGGUUAGCGCUAGUAGGCUAGCGGCCGUUAGCGGGCUGCUGCCUCGUCAUUCGCCAGUCUGGGAGGAUGCGGCGCCGGGGAUGCUGCUGCAGAAAGGGGGAGGGAGGGAGGGCCAGCAACGGAACCCACCGUCCGCCUGGCCUCGACCCAUCUCCGCGACGAACGACACCCCCUCGGUCUCCACCGCCCCUCCUCCACCCCCUCGUCCUACCUCCGAGUGCACCCAUCCUUUCACCACCACGUCGCCGUCUCUGUCUGGCAGCUUGAAUCAAAGGGCCGGUCCACGGUGGGGUCGCAUCACCGUAAACACUCAAAUAACUGCCCGUGGCUGUCAGCUAGCCAGGCGGCUAUGCUAGCCAGCCUCCCCGCUAGCUAGCCGGCUAACACUAGCCGUAGCAUCACCCCUCUUCACCCCUAGCAUCCUGACUAGCACGCAUCCACCACACCGUCACCGCUACGGGCCAGCGUGUGUCGACCGACGCCCCCCUCACUCCACCGGGCCGCGGCGGUUGUUUCACCGCCCCUGACAGACCCCCACCCUCAGACAUCUAUUUGCGUCUAGGCCACUGAGAUGCUGACUCACCGCCUGAACCCAGAAGGAGAAGACGGGGUCUGAGGAGACGGGAGAGCGAGCGAAACCCAGAGGAAGCGAGCGAAAGGGACAGAGGGAGGGAGAAAGAAAGAGGAAUAAGGGUCUAAAGUAGGUGAAGGAGAGUCGGAGGGAGGUGGAGGAGAGCAGGACGGGUCCGUUGGGUCCGAGGGCGAGACCAGCAACAGUAAGUGACUGGGAGGCGCCAAGCAGACAGAUCUGACACCAGGCCGGCGUGGGCGCGGGUCGGGUGGAGGUCAGAGGUGAAGCGGCUUCAGCACAUCCCACCGUCUCGCUCCCCCUCCACCACACUGGGAGAACUGGGAACCAGGAGAAGCCACCAUGAGCGACCAGAACGUCGUCAAGGAGGGCUGGGUCCAGAAAAGAGGUGAGUACAUUAAGAACUGGCGGCCGCGCUACUUCCUGCUGAAGACAGACGGCUCUUUCAUUGGAUACAAGGACAAGCCACAGGACUCAGACCUGGCAUAUCCACUCAACAACUUCUCUGUAGCAAAAUGUCAGCUGAUGAAGACGGAGCGGCCCAAGCCCAACACCUUCAUCAUCCGCUGCCUGCAGUGGACCACUGUCAUCGAGAGAACCUUUCACGUCGACACUCCUGACGAAAGAGACGAGUGGGCUGAAGCCAUCCAGAUGGUGGCGGAGUCGCUGGCCAAACAGGAGGAGGAGGGAAUCCUGUGUAGCCCAACAUCCCAGAUCGAGAACGUCAACGAGGAGGAGAUGGACACGUCCAUCAGCCACUACAAACGAAAGACAAUGAAUGACUUUGACUAUCUGAAGCUUCUGGGCAAAGGCACUUUUGGAAAGGUCAUUCUAGUGAGGGAGAAGGCGAGUGGCACCUACUACGCCAUGAAGAUCCUGAAGAAAGAAGUCAUUAUAGCCAAGGAUGAAGUUGCUCACACACUUACAGAAAGUAGGGUAUUAAAAAACACUCGGCAUCCGUUCCUAACUUCUCUGAAGUACUCGUUCCAGACCAAGGACCGGCUGUGCUUCGUUAUGGAGUACGUCAACGGAGGAGAGCUGUUCUUCCACUUGUCGAGAGAACGAGUGUUUUCUGAGGACCGCACCCGUUUCUACGGUGCAGAGAUCGUCUCGGCUUUAGACUACCUGCAUUCUGCCAAGAUUGUCUACCGCGACCUGAAGCUGGAGAACCUGAUGUUGGACAAAGACGGCCACAUCAAGAUCACAGACUUUGGCCUUUGCAAAGAAGGCAUCACUGACACUGCCACCAUGAAGACCUUCUGUGGAACCCCGGAGUACCUGGCUCCUGAGGUCCUGGAGGACAAUGACUACGGACGGGCCGUGGACUGGUGGGGCUUGGGUGUGGUGACCUAUGAGAUGAUGUGCGGCCGCCUGCCCUUCUACAACCAGGACCACGAGAAGCUGUUCGAACUGAUUCUAAUGGAGGAGAUCAAGUUCCCACGAACCCUGUCAGCCGACGCCAAGUCGCUGCUGUCGGGGUUGCUCAUCAAGGACCCAAACAAACGGCUGGGCGGCGGACCGGAUGACGCUAAGGAGAUCAUGCGACACAGUUUCUUUGGCACAGUCGACUGGCAGGAUGUCUACGACAAGAAGCUGGUGCCACCGUUCCAGCCCCAGGUCAGCUCUGAGACGGACACGCGCUACUUCGACGAGGAGUUCACAGCACAGACCAUCACCAUCACUCCGCCAGAGAAAUACGAUGAGGACGGGAUGGACGCAGCAGACAACGAGCGGAGGCCUCAUUUCCCACAGUUCUCCUACUCGGCCAGCGGGCGGGAGUGAACGUCCGGCCAGCAGCCGCCUUCGUCCCCAUUCGUGGCCAUUCUGAGGAAAACACGUAGCCAUUUAGGAACAAGUACCAGUCUCCCCUCUUUUCCUCCUCCUCUGCUCGCAGACGGGGAGAAGUCUUUCUAGGGACUUUAAAAGAGGUUUUGCACAGUGGGACAGACUCCAGUCGGUCUCCCCACAUUAAAAAGAAGUCUCCUACAUUUUCAGUGCUAUUUACUGCAGAAGGCAAUGUUUUUGUUAUUUAUUCUUUUCUCUGCGCCAGUAUUACGUUGUCGACCCAGGUUGCUUUCAUCUUGAUUUUUCGUUUGUUGUUCCUUCUUCUUCUUUUGACUUCUUGCACUUGGUUUGGAAGAGCCGUUUUAGGGAACAAAAGACCAAAAAUGUUGCCUUAUGUGUGCAGACAUUUCGUAUCAUACAGACAGGGUGUAGGGCGUUUGUUCGUUUGUUUGUUGGGGGGCGUGGCUAGAGACGGAUCAUUCUUAGAGAAAAAGUGCAUGGCUCGUGGUUGAUUCAAAAAAAAAAAAAAAAGAAAAACAAAAAAAAGUUGUUUGUCGUACAUUUGCCACAGCAGCGCACAUCUCCUUCCCAUGGCAACGAACACCGCUGCUGCAGGAAAGGACACAAGAUGAGAAUCCUUCCUUCUGUGGUCUUUUAUUUGUCCACUCAUUUGGUUUCUCUCACGCUUUCUUUAGAAGUGAAACAGAAAACACUAAACUGCCAGAAUCUGCACAGUUGACUCAGGCGCCACAGAGCACAACGCGUUUAGACUCGGCUCCAGCGGGCGAACGAGGCCUUUCUCUGCGUUCUCCUGCUGCGCGUCCCUGAUCGUAGCCGUAGGAUGUUUAUACGUGUGCGUGUGUGUGUAACAUGUAUGGGGAGAAGACUGUCAUAGCGCGCACACACACACACACACACAGAAACAGGAAGCAGCUGUGAGUUCUCCGAAUGGGCCCAAGUCGGCGGUUUUCUCCAGAAACGAUCCGUUUUUCCUGUGAUCAGAAUAAUCAGACCGAAGUUAAUCCCCAUUAAUCAUGUUCCAGCGCUCCAACAAAUUUGACCCCGGUAUUUAUUAAUUUAUUUAUUUGCUUAUUUAUUUAUUUGAGUCAAAUUUACCCCAGACUGAAAGCGAAUGAUUGUGAGUAAUGGAAACUCGGCCCAGGCUGCAGAGGACAUGACUUCUGUCCCCAGCAGCUCCAUCAUGUGCACAAACAUCCUCCUCUUUACAGGCUGGGAACCAAAUCAAGCAGGAUCCUUUGUUUCCCACUGUGUCCAUGUAGUGAAAGUAGUAAAGACACGGCUCAGAGCAGCUCUGGCGCCUGCUGUCAGACCCACCUGAGCUGUGAAGGUCGUCUGGUGGACCCUUGUCUUUUUCUGCUCCCAUUCGCAGAAUGGAAGUAACAACUUCAAACCGGUAGUCCUGUAGGUUGAAGCUUCCUCUACAAGACGGGAACUAACAACAAGUAGAAGAACUGGGCCUUUAAAUGGGAUUAGUUGUGCUCAGUCUGGGUCCGGUUGUGGUGGUGGAGUGGGUGCGUCCUGCCCACUAGAGGCCUAAGAUGUGCACAACACUGAGCACAGAAGAGACAAACUCAUCACUGCUUUAAUCACUGCACAGAUUAAGACUCGAAUCACAUCUGAUCCGUUUCUGGAGACGACCGCCAACCUCGUCCGUAGUGCAGUCACCAGGCGCUGAUUCCCGACAAGAGGAGGCUGCACCUGAAGCAGUCAAGUAGUUGUUUGAUGCUGUGUCCUGGAUGAAAAGGACUGAAACAUAUCGAGCAGCAGGGCGAAGCCCACUCACCGCUCAGACACGGAUACAUUUAGUCGGAUACAGAGAAAUAUUCACAAACGCACAGAUAUACGAAGAGUAGAACUUUAUUUAUCACGCUAACAGAGAUGAGGCUUCCAGCUCCAAAUCCUGUCAGUAUUUUGAGAGAAAUGAACGUAUAUGUUUCUGAACAGAGGCUUUUCACCGAUCAUGAAAAAACUGAGCCGUGACGCACUCGUGUGAAGACUGAGGACUGCCAGUAAAUAGUCGAGUUGCCCCAAAACGUCUUGAUGUAAAUAUGCAAUGCCUUUUUUGUCUUGUGGCAUCUUGACCGACCAGAUUCAGUUUUUUCUUCUGUGACUGUACUUGGAGCUCAUGGUGACAGUGACCACAACUCAAAACUGCGUUUAAGAUGGAAAUGAAGUCUAAAAAGUCAAAACCUGGACCUUUCACUGGUUUUGGAAUUUGUUUUUCUUUUCCUGCGACUUAAUGCACUGAUCCCAGUCGUUCAUGGAUGACGUUACCAUGGCAACCCCAGCUCCUCUGUUGCCGUGGUCCCCAGAAAUGAUGAACUCCUGGUUUUCCUGCCAGAUAAAUGACUGUGACUGUGGAGUCUGUAUCGUCUCCUGUUUCCUUUCACCCUCUUCAAAAAAUACAAUAUGUGGAACAUUUUCAACUUAUUGCAGUGCUGGUUUCAUCAUUUUACCCUGUCCCUCCUUUUUUGGCACCAUAGUAUUUCUUUUAUUUCUGUUUAUCAUUCUAGGCAGUGAUACCUUGUAUGUUGUUAAAAAGGCACCUCUUAAAAGUUGCUGAAGGAUGAUGAUGUUGAUGAUGAUGCAUUAACUAAAGUCUUCUUUUUCUUUUGUAUCAUUCGCUUGUUUCUUUUCUUACCAAAACAUUAGAGCGAGAUCCCAAUAGUGGACUUGCAUUGCCGUGGUAGUAUUUAUUUUGAAUUAAAUUAAAAAAAAAUACAUUUCA